AUGCGCUCUUUUUUCUCUGCCAAAAUUGUUUCCGCGAAGGCCCCACUGGAACUUCGCCGCGCCGCCAGCAGUUUUUUUGCGUCCGUCCCCCUGGGAGCGCCUGACUCCAUCUUGGGCCUAUCGGCUGAGUUCCAGCAGGAUUCCCACACCCCGAAGGUCAAUCUUGCCGUUGGCGUUUACCGCGACGACGCGAACCGGCCGUUUGUUCUCGAGUCGGUUAAGAGGUCGGAUACCGGCAGUGACAUGGAAUACGCCCCCAUCAACGGCAUGCGGUCAUUCUUGAAGGCGGCGCAAAAACUUUGCUUCGGUGAGGACUCCCGCGCACUUCGCGAUGGCCGCGUUGCGAGCUGCCAUACACUUGGAGGGACCGGUGCACUGCGUAUUGGUGGCGAAAUGCUUCACAAUUUUGUGAACGACUGCAGCAAUAUUUACUCCUCCGACGUUGGCUACGCCAACCAUGCCGGCAUCUUCAAGGCGGCCGGAAUAACACUGCCGCCGUACACGUACUACAGCCCCGCCACGAAGGGCAUCGACCUGCCCGGCAUGCUCAAAUCACUGGAGGCGAUGCCCGAACGCUCUGUUGUUCUUCUGCACGCCUGCGCCCAUAACCCUACCGGGGUGGACCCCACGCAAAACGAGUGGUUGCAGGUGGUGGACGUGAUUAAGCGACGAAACCUUUUGCCCUUCGUGGAUAUGGCUUACCAGGGGUUUGCCACCGGUGAUAUUGACCGUGACGCCUUCCUGCCUCGUUGCCUCGUCGAGAAUGUUCCGAACGUCAUCGUGGCACAAUCCUUUUCGAAGAACUUUGGUUUGUACGGUCUCCGCUGUGGCGCCUUGCAUAUGGUUAUUGAGAACCCAGAGGAGGUGGGGCGCGUUUUAUCGCAAUACGCUCUUCUUAUUCGCACCAUGUACAGUAAUCCUCCCAUUACUGGGGCCCGUAUUGUUGACUCUAUUCUGAACUCGCAGGAACUCACGGCACUGUGGAAAGAGGAGCUUAGGGCAAUGUCUGGUCGCAUGCAGGAUGUGCGUCGGCGCCUUGUAAAGGAGCUGGGUGAGUGCGGGUCGGUUCUUGAUUGGUCGCACAUUGAGCGCCAGAUCGGCAUGAUGUCAUACACGGGUCUCACGAAGGAACAAGUGGAAAUGCUGAAAAAGAAGCACCACAUCUACAUGACCCUCAAUGGUCGUGCAGCCAUCUCCGGACUGAACAGCACCAAUGUUUCUUACGUGGCGAAGGCCUUUCACGAUGUUUCGAAAUAA